UUUCUUGUGUUCAAUGAACCAGGCAAAAAAACAUCGAACCACGUAAAACAAAAUUCCUCCAAAGAGCCUCAAAACUCACGGCGUCAGAGACAUGCUUCGGAAAUAGUCUUAGUGCCUCUGUAAAGCGCCAAACAUAGUAAAGUAUUUAGGCGUUGGCAUUAUUCCAAAAUGUACAAUCGCACAAAUUCCAUUCAGCAAGUGCCGAAUCGGGCAUUCAGUCCAUACGCUAUUGAUGGAAUCUCAGAUGAAGGACCUCCAACUCCAUCUCGUGGAGUGACAAACCCGGCGUACGAGAACACCGAAGCAGACUUUACACAUCAUUAUGAAGACCCUGGGAAACUGGCGAAGGAGUUGGCAAGGCGGACUGGCCCAAGGCAGAGAACAAACCAAGUUUACGAGCCUUCUUCGAUCAAGAGGCCAUUAGACAAAGCUGAUGACGAUGAGUAUACGAUCAAUAGUGAAUGGUGUCCCGGAAAGAUCAUUCUGGUUCUGAUCUUAGGGGUGUCUUUGGUAGCCCUCGUGUUGGUGGUUAUGAUCGUGUUAGGAAAGCUUGGACCGAGCUGUUUGUGUGAGAAUAACGGGGACACAAACUCACAACUCGUUAGAACAGGUGAAUCGAUUUCCUUGGAACCUCUGGUCAGAGAUAUCGAGACGCUGAAAAAGAACUUGACACAGACUGAGGCUAUGUUGGUUUCAAUGGUGGAACAGAACACGGCGUCUUUGAGGGACGAAUUAAGGAAGCUUCAGGGCAAUAUGAGCGAUGACGGGCUAAAUACACUCCAGGCUGCACUCGAUUCCUUGGCAGUGAGAGUGAACGUCACUACAAAUACAACCAACGUCCUCUUUAUUCAGUUGAGUACAACUGAUGCGGCCAUACGUGGUACCCUAUCACAAAUCAACAGUUCAUUAUCAGAAAAGGUAGCGGCUAUCGCCAAGAUGGAAGGUCCACAAGGACCGCGAGGGUUUAAUGGUAGCGAAGGCCCAGUAGGUCCAAAAGGGCUCAAGGGCGACCCAGGACUUAAAGGCGACAAAGGUGACACCGGUGCUAAUGGUACGGCAGGUGCUCCAGGGGUGAAAGGUGAUAAAGGUGACACUGGCGCCAGCGGAGCUAAGGGAGAAGCGGGUGUCAAGGGUGACAAGGGUGAUCAAGGCGUCAUGGGCGCUAAAGGUGAUCAAGGGAUACAAGGUUUUAAUGGAACAAAAGGAGAAAAAGGAGUCGGCGACCUGUCGGCGUGCGAGUUCAAGAUUGCAACCAUCUCAUCAUCUCCCGGGGUAUCCGGGCAAUCCUCCGUAACAGUAAAAGAAGAAUCGGACAAGAGGAUCUUUGUUGCUGGCUGCAGCAGUAACAGGGCUGAUGUCGUCCAACAGGGUCCAAAGCAAACAUCUGAUGGGUUGAAUGUCUUCGUGUGCGUGUGUUAUGGAGAUGCUGAAGGAUACUCUAGCAGAACUGGAAAUCUCGAAUGCCACAUCGCCUACACAGAAUGCCCACGAACAACGCCAUAAGGAUGACACAGACAUUUGUUAUGCAUCCACUAAGUGCUGUUGGUAGCCCCACUUAUUUUAUUGAUUAAAUUCAGCUGACAUACUUCCAUUGAAUAUGCCAUUCCAGCUAUAAGUUUGCGCGCGCAUAACCAUAGAAACCUACCUCAACUACCAGAAUGCAGCGCGCGCUUUUUUAAGCUUACAUCAAACGAAGCGCGCGCUGCAUGCCGGUAGUUGAGGUACGUUCCCAUGGUGAGUUCGCGCGCAUGCUUUAAACUGGAAUGGCCUAUUUUAAGGCCCUUCGACAAUUGCAGGCGCGAAACCAGGAUCGGCUGAGGAGACCUGCGCCGUCAAAGGUAUUAUAAGGAAAAAGCACAGUAUGUGAAUAUACCUUUAUAAGGAAUGACCCUUUUUGGUCGCAUAGGGGGGAUACGCGAGAAACCCACCCUGUAUAUGUGCCUGAAUUAUUUUACGUUUUUUGUGACAUGAAAGUAUACGAUCACUAACUUUGCACAACACUAUCACAUACCAUCAUAAUAAGUGUAGCUUCUUUAUAAAAGUGCGUAAAUGUAUAGUCAAUGUUAGUCAAUACUCAAGAAUAUAAAAUAAUAAUCAAGAAUAUAAAAUAAUAAAUAAAAUUGUUUAUAAGUUUU